AUGUAUGAAUUAUUCCACUUACAGAAUAGAAUGCUCAAGGAGGUUGAUGACAUAUUCAAUGAGUUACGCAGCACCAUUGGGGGGGGGACCGGCGCCAUUGCUGGCUUCUGCGGCAGUAUAUAUGAUUCGAAUGCGACAUGCAUAAAAAGGUGUAGAGAAAUUGUACAUUUAAUGCUAUACAUGCGGGGAUAUGAUUUUAAACAGGGACAAUGGCAACACCGGUACAUGCAGAACAACACGAGCAGGAAUUUUAGGGAAUAUUUAGAGUGCACAGUAGCUAGAGAGAUUUUAUUACGGCUAUAUGGACGGAAUAAAGACCACAGCAACAUUAUAAAGACAGUUUCCAAAGAGUUAGACCAGGACAACGCACUCCAGCAGCAGAAAUUCGAAAAAGGAUUGUGCGAGAAAAAAAAUUUCGGGGCGGUAAUAUUUCAAUCGGGCAAUGUUCAAGACACCUUGCACCAGCGCUUGGACACGUUGAGCACGCAAUGGGUGGCGCGCACACCAGGACGUGGGCGUGCAGCAAGAAGAUGUGGAUGGGAUGAUACAGACGGCACUACGCACACUGACGAACCAUGCAAUGAGAACGAGGUGGUGAUAACAGAAGAAGAUGAGCUCAUGCGCGCAAUACAGGGCACGGUGGACGCAGCAGACACCUUUCCGCACGUGAAGCAGGUGCUAGACGACAUGCAACAACCAGGGCAAUCCACGGCCAAAUGUGAAAUAGAGAAAAACAUAAAGACAAAGAUCACCUGCACCACCCCCGAAGCCGAGGCCACGACCAGCGCCAGCACCAAGACCACCGAGACCACCACGGCCAUCAUCACCAGUGGGUCCGGGCACAGACGCAGUGGGCAAAUCGGGAGGAUCCACAAAACCGACUGGUGCCACCGCACCCGCCCUGGCCAAACCAGACACCAAGGCCAAACCAGUAGCGGCGAAACCGCCCACAGCGGUGGUAACGAAGACGACAUCGGCAGUGGCAUGACGACGACAUCAUCUGCGAGUGGUGGUCAGGCUGCUACGGGCGGUGCUCCUGCCGCAGGGGGAACAUCCACGCAGGCGAAGACGGCGAACGCGGACGAUUGUCCAUUGAAGACCAUAUUGAAAGAGGACAGGAGGCAAGUAGUCGUGCUGGGUAAUUAUAGUAAGGAAGAACUGGAAACCAUGAAGAGAGUGUUGCAGCAGUUUAUUGAUUACAUGGACGAUCCAGACGGCACGGUGGAUGCCUUAGGGGCGAACUGUUAUAAUACCGGUUGGAAUGAUAUAACAGACGCCCGUACAUUGUUCACGGGCCAGACAGUAGCAGACGUCAUACGGUGCAAACUCAUGACGCGUGCAUUAUUCUUCGCGAACCAGGAGGGAGAAAACGCGGAAGAUAAAGAAUUGUACAAAAGGCUAAGAUGUGAGAUAGCGAAUGCAUUCGGGUACAUACUGGAAAACAAGUACUGUGACCAUAAGACAGCAUGGAAAAGAGGUAUAAAGUAUGCCUGGAAAACAAUGCAGAACAUGGGAUCUAGUGAAUAUGGGGGGAACCCAAUGACAGGCCCAGUCUUUGAUAAGAAAUGUACAGAAUGUGGGUACCAUGCUGCGGGAACCAUUAUACGACCAGUAAAUGGCACACUGGUAGACUGGUUAGUAAGCAACGCCGGAAUAAUGGACACAAUAGGGAAUAUAGAGCACAAAGUGGACUGUAGUAUGCAGUGGACGGACUAUGAGCUGACGAAGGCGGCAGACGGUAAAAUUCAAAUUUCAAAAAAAGCUGCGCCAGCAGCAGCACCACAAGAUGUAGAAAAGGAAAUAAAGGAGGUACAGGACAAGAUAAAAUCGGAAGCUCUAGACGUAGUUAAAAAGAUGACGCACGCAGUAGAGAACAAAAUUACACAAGGCAAAGGAGGCAAGAAACCGGCAGCACCAUCACGGGCAUCACCAGGGCCAAUAGAAGGCGGAUCAGAGAAAGCAGAUAAGAACACUGAAGUGAAGGUUGUAGGAAGUACUGAGGACCGCUCAGCACCAGGAUCAACAGGACAACCACCACCACCAGCCGCACCCCCAGUCACUACUGGUACCGGUUCCUCAGCCUCCGGUGGAAGUACACCUGAUCCAACGGAGGCACACAAUACUGCUAAGGAUGAUAAAGCCCAUGAUGGGGAUACUGUCGCAUCCUCUCCCACGACACAACCAUCUCAAGAGUCCCAGCCCCCCAAGGCAACAGUUACCUCCACUGAUCCUGCUCAAAGUGGUCACAAACAUGAGACAGGUCCCUCUGGUGCAGAUGGUCCUACUGGUCCCGGCUCCUCAGGACCUGGUUCUACUGGUCACCAACCCCCUGGUUCCUUCGGUCCUGGCUCCACUGGCCACCAAAACCCUGGUUCCUCAGGUCCAGGUUCUGCUGGUACUGGCUCUACGGGGACUCUGCAACCGGGUACCACAGGAGCUGGCUCCACAGGUGUCCCAAACCCCGGUUCCUCAGCACCGGGCAGUCAGGACACAGGUCAGGGCGCUCCCUCUGCCUCCACCUCCCCGGACGGUAAUGAUAAGACACAUAAAACUGCUGAUGAUCCCUUUGGACUUGACCUAAAUAAUCCUGGCUCUGCUGUACUUGGUAAAGUCGGAGGUGCAUUUGUCGAAGGUAUACCCCCACUAGUUUACCACGAUACAAAAGGUAAGGGACCUAAUACAGACCCUCAUGAUAACACCAUCAGUCCAUUCAUAACACCUGCGGACAUCUUGCUUUCUGCCCCCGUUCUUAUCUUCUUUGCAUGCGUCACUUCCCUUAUCCUGCUAUUUUUCCUUGGCAAGUACUUUGCCUAUCUCGCCAAACGACGACGCACGUUUCGCACCGUUCGUGACGUGCCGUCACCGCCACUCGACGAAGAAAUUCUACAGCAUCUACAACGCGGCGCGCCGCCACCCGAUUACGGUUACACGAUGGUUAGGGAUACACAACCUGCGUCAACAUCCGCCCGACGCCGGCGCCCCCCACGCGUGCAUAAGCGCACGAUCAUCGAGCUACAUCUAGAAGUGCUGCACGAAUGUGCAGCGACCGAGUGGGAAAACUUCAAAGACCACUAUUUGCAGCUUGUCGUGCAGGAGUUUGCACAGGAGUUUGUGCAUCACUUGGAGCAGGAAGAGGACACGAAUAAGAAUACCUUAAGUGUUUCAUCAUUAAUCCAGGAUUUAUCAGGGACCCAUGUUCCAUCCACCGAUUCCGACGGACCGGGCCCUUGGUCACCGACUGAAGACGACCCCGAUCCAUGGAGUUGUAUGGAAACCAUACAGUUAGACGAUGAACAACAUGGCCCUUCCGACCCCGCGCACGCGACGUCGGCGUGCACACAAUGGAUUAACUGGAUUCACCGCAACAAACAUAUGCUGCGCCAGUGCACGGGGCAAACGUGGUUUAAUGCCCUCAAAUCGGAUUGGACACAAUACCUGCGUGAGCACAUGGCGGCAAAGGAGGACAACGGAGUAUCCGGGCAGCGUGCACUCGGUGAGCGUGGCAAUAUGCCAUCCGCAGACAUGACGAAACUGCGGUUGUGGAGACAGUGGGUUGCAACACAGCAUAAACGGACGGAUACAUACAGUGAGCAGGAGUGGUUUAAACAUUUGUUGAAUAAUGUAGAGGAGGAGACAGUACCGCAAAAAGGCGACGUACCUAUAAUGCAAAAAGACUUAGAAGUGGACAAAGUAAAGGGAACAGAAGAUAUACUGACAGUGAGAAAUUCGCCAGGCAGCCAACCACUGCAUCGGCAACCUUACAUGAAAAAACCGUUAACCGUUAAAACAUGGAUACUGCUCCUGGCAUUAGUCAUCGAAGACUGCGAGCUCGAAUGUCGUUUGCACGAAACGGAGUUAUAUGUGGAUGACCUAUUGCAACAGUGUUAA